GUGAAAGAAAGAAACAUUAACAGCGGGAGGAGACUCUGCGGGAGGGGAAAAGGAGGUGGUGCGAAGGACGGUGUCUCGCACAGUAUUUAUAGCUGGCGGGAUGAGGAGAUAGGACGAGAGGAGGUAGGGAAGGAGCAGCCAGACACAAUAAGAGAAGAAGAGGAAGAGGAGGACAAAGAGACAAUGCUGAGGAGGAAGAGAAGCGUGUCGUUCGGAGGCUUCGGCUGGAUUGACAAGUCUUCCGUCAGCGCCCUGAGAGCUCGCAAACAGGAGCUCCAGGCCGCCUCCAAUGGUGCCGACGCCGACUGCCCCCCCUCGCCUCCCCGCACGGCACCGCCCACCACCAAGUCAGCCCAUUUCUUUGACAUGAUGGACAAGAUGGAGCAGGUUCCGGAAGCUGCUGAGAUGAAGGCCGUCCCUCCGAGGCGGAAGGAUGACUACAUCCCUUAUCCAAGGAUUGAGGAGGUAUUGGAGAAGGGAGGACCGUACCCCCAGGUCAUCCUCCCCCAGUUUGGAGGUUACUGGAUUGAGGAACCUCCCCCCCCUGCGCCUCCUCCUGCCACCCAGGAGGCCAGCGGGGUUGAAGAACGAGGAGAAGGAGGAGGAAGAGAGGCCCAGGAUAAUGCAGACUGUGGAUAUCGCCUGGAGGAGACCAACGAGGCUGCUCGGGCGUACAGGAAGUACUUCUUGGGCAAGGAGCAUUUAAACUUCUUUUGCCCAUCCAGCAGUGUAGGAAACGUGCUGUUGUCUGUAAGGCAUGAAGAGGUGAAUCAGCAGGAACACAUCCACGUCAUCAUCAGGUCCCGAGUGAAGACAAUCUAUCAGCGACUGUCAGUGACGGAAUUGCCUGAUAUUCCAAGUGUACAAGAGCUGGCAAAGCUGCUGUGUGACGACGCAGCCGCUCUCCGUUUCAGUCCCGUCCUCUACCCGAAGGCGUCUCAGCUGAUUGUCAACUACGACGAGCAUGAAGUGAACAGCACGUUCAAGUUUGGAGUCAUUUUUCAGCACUUUGGCCAGGUAUCCGAGGAGGAGCUGUUCAGGAACAAUGAGGAAACGCCGGCGUUCCAAGAGUUCCUGCAGCUGCUUGGCGAUACUGUGGAGCUGCAGGACUUUAAAGGGUUUCGGGGAGGUCUGGACGUGUCCCAUGGCCAGACUGGUUCGCAAUCUGUAUACACGGUCCAUAGACAGCAGGAAAUCAUGUUCCACGUCUCAACCAAGCUGCCCUUUACUGAGGGAGACACCCAGCAGCUCCAAAGGAAGCGUCACAUAGGGAACGACAUCGUAGCCGUGGUGUUCCAGGAGGAGGCCACCCCCUUUGUACCAGAUAUGAUCGCCUCCAACUUUUUACACGCCUUUGUUCUAGUGCAGGUGGAGGAUCCCUGCUCGGAGAACACCAUCUACAAGGUGUCUGUUACAGCGCGAGAGGACGUACCGCCUUUUGGCCCGCCUCUUCCAAAUCCAGCUGUUUUUAAGAAGGGUCCAGAGUUUCGGGAGUUUCUCCUCACUAAGAUCAUCAAUGCAGAGCUGGCCUGUUACAAGAGCAUCCGCUUUGCCCGACUGGAGGAGCGGACCAGGGCUGCCCUGCUGGACACCCUCCAGGACGAGUUGCAGAGUGGUUCCCAGAGAAUGCUGGGAUUGUCGUCGACUCUCGAUGAGGAGCCGCGGGCUGAAAAUGGACAUGCUCAUGGAGGUCUGCUCGAAUCCAUCAAGAGGGCCAUGCGAGGACGAAGCGUCUCCAUGGAGACAAUGUCAAGGGGUGGCGGGGGGCUGCCCACCAGUUUGAGUGGUGGGGGAUUGGCACAUAUCAGUGCUGAGUGUAAUGUAAAAUCUCCAGUGAAACGACGAUCGGGUCUCUUCCCUCGAUUGUUGAGUAUUGACAGCCAAACAGAGAAGCACAGCCAGAGAAGUUUCCUUGGUGACCAGAGGAGCUUUGACAGUUCCCAGCCGAUGUUGGAGGUGAAGUCAGAGUUGCCAUCCAAUCCCGGCUCUCCGGAGGUGGGGCAACAAGACAGAAUUUGCAUGAAGAAGGACAGCAGUAAAAUUUCCAGAUCCACUUCCAGCACGUGCAGCUUCAGUCUCCCUGGAGAUGACGCGCACCUGCUUGUCCCUGCUGUGACACGAGAGAGUCAAGGUUCAAGUCCGCUCACCGUCUGUCGAAGCCCCACAGAAACGAAAAACAAAAACUCCCCACGAUCUAACCUCAAGUUUCGUUUCGACAAGUUGAGUCACUCUGCCGCACUGGGACACUAGACUCCAAAGACAAGGAACAGGUAUUUGCAAAAUUUUAACUUUGUCAGAGUCUCGAGUGUGUUCAUCUGCCAGAACACCAGCCGGUGUCACUGAUGAGGAUGAUGAGUCAGCAUCGAGACUUGUGCAACGUGGCUUCCGUCAUUCCCAACUGGUCUCUCCAUGACUUAUGAUUAUGAUCGGUUCGCACAUUGUGAUUCCGCCCCAUGAGAAUGGCAAAUGAAUGUGUCAGUUAAGUGAAAAUAACCCCAAUGAUGUCACAGCGCCACCAGCGAUUUAGCAACACUGGCUGGAAGGCGAGUAACUGUUUACCAAGGGGAGAGGCUCAUGCAAGGACACCCUCCAACUGAAUCAUGGGAAAUGUAGAAGAAUUUGAUGCCAAGAUGAGCUAAUUCCAUCUUUUUGCUCUUCUUUAAGGUCUUUCCCAUUUGGUCUUCAAAUACAUCUUACAGUAAUCCCCAAUUUCUGCAGUGUCAGCACCUUAGAAUCUGAUGUGAUCAGUUUAAGUGAAAAGUCUGUUCUAACACUUAAAUCGGCGAGAGCAGUAAAACUGCCAUAGAUGUACUGUAUGCAUUCAAUUAAAUAAUCAGGGAUACAACCGAAUGAGGGUGUACAUUGAAAAAUGUAUUUUUGUGUGGAAUAUAAUUGACUAAAAAUGAUAUGCAGCACUUUCCCCUGCAAUAAUAUUCCAUAUUUUUGUCACUCAUAAAUGAAAUAUACAGUAAUUCCUGGGACAAGAGUUGUAAUCACAAAUUUUAACAAAAUACAUUUCCACACCUACCUAGAGUUACAUAGUUACAUUCAACAUUUAUUUUGAAUUGGCUUGUUUGACACUUUGUUGCACCUUGUGCAAGUUGAACUACCAUUUGAAGCAAAAACCCAAAAAGUGAUAGAAAAUGUCGCACUACAAGAACGAGUUUGAUUAUUUUCAAAGGUGUACAGUAUAUACCAGGGCUUCUCAAACUUUUUGGGUCCAGGGAUCCCUUACAGGGGAGUAAUUUUUUCCCCCCCAAGAACCCCCACAUAAUGCUGACUCAAAUGAAAUUCAGCAAACGUGCAUCCCUAAAUGCCAUAAGGAACAUUUCAACCUCAAUAUUCACAAGACGUAUAAUAGAAAGGAACUUAACCAAAUUAGAUUGAAUUCAAUCCCCUGUGUUUAGGUGUGACAAGAACGGAGCCUGGUGGAAGUCACUCAAAGAGUCAAUCACGUUGAACAUUGCCAAAGACAUGCUACCCAUUUAUAGAUUGCAAAAGCAGUGACUGACGCAACAUUUGACCCGAGGUAUGUGCUGCCACGCCGCAAAUACCUUUCCGAGCUCGUCUUGCUUCACCUGUAAAACUCUACAUAAGAAAAUAGUGUGAGAGAGCUAAAUAAAGUGCACACAUACAGGGAUUACGAUCAUAUCGGAGCUUUUAAGUGGUAGGAAGGGGUAAUUGGUUUAGGAUAUUUGUUUUAAUGGCAUAGCAGUCCCCAUAGGUAGAGGUAUGCACGUCUUAAAAUGACAUGACAUAAAUGUAUUGCUAAAUACUUUUUGGGGUACCCUGACCACACAGCAUGGGGAACAGAGUACCCCAGUUUGACAACCACUGAUUUGAACAUAAAGAUUUUACAAAACUGCACUGUUUUUGCCCUGAAAGCACAACAUUCCUUAUAUAUUACUUUCCUACAUCCUCGCCCAUGCAUUCCUGUGUAUCAAGAGGAUGAUCAAAUGUAGCAUGUUUGUUUCUGUCCCAUGUCCCGUGUCCCUUCAAGCUGAUCGAGAUUAUCAUGUGUUUCUUUCAAGGAAAAUCUUCAUUUGUUUCCAUGAAUCCGAAAUGCACUGUAAAAAGUUAAAUGUAAAAUAGCUACACUUCAAGGCAAAAACCUUCAAUAAAGU